AUGCUGACUCGGCCCAUCAAGUCUGACUUUUACAGGGAUCCUCCCCUGAUCUCGCUCCCAUCAGGAUCCAGCCCCAUAGCCUGCCCGUCUGCUCCGAGGGACAAGGUGAAGAAACUGAGGGUGGGACUCAUCGCGCCCUCGUACCUGACUCAAGACCAGGUCCAGGUCAGAAGACCACCCACCCCGAGCCCCACGUCCCAGGUCAGCGCCCCGCCCUCGGCCCCGCCCCCCGCUGAGACGUCACAAAAAGCCCCGUCGAGCCCCGCGGCCCGACAGGCCGGCAAAGCGCAGCCCCGGUCGCUGUCCACGCACAGGCGUCCGGCUGUUGUCCGAGCGGGGCCGCGGAGGCUCCAGGCGUGGGAAGCGCCCGCGCGCGCAGCCCCCUCCCUGCCGUCGGCCGCGCUCUGCGCGCGAGGCGGGGCUCGCCUCAAAUUCCCCAUCGACUACCCGUACUCCCCUCCAGCUUUCCGAUUUCUGACCAAGAUGUGGCACCCGAACAUAUAUGAGACAGGGGAUGUGUGCAUCUCCAUCCUACACCCCCCUGUUGAUGACCCCCAGAGUGGGGAGCUGCCGUCAGAGCGGUGGAACCCUACUCAGAAUGUCAGGACCAUCCUUCUGAGCGUCAUCUCCCUCCUCAAUGAGCCCAACACCUUCUCUCCGGCUAACGUGGACGCAUCUGUGAUGUACCGGAAGUGGAAGGAGAGCAAGGGGAAGGACCGCGAGUACACCGACAUCAUCCGGAAGCAGGUUCUGGGGACCAAGGUGGACGCAGAGCGGGACGGCGUGAAGGUGCCAACCACCCUGGCUGAGUACUGCGUGAAGACCAAGGCCCCGGUGGCCGACGAGGUCUCGGACCUCUUCUACGACGACUACUACGAAGACGGUGAGCUGGAGGAAGGCGCCGACAGCUGCUUCGGGGACGAGGAUGACUCGGGCACCGAAGAGUCCUGACCCGCCCGCCUGCCCAAUAAACACAGAUUUUACCUCA